AUUGCAUUCACUCUCACGUGCUGCUAGUCGGACUUUAAACUCUCGGUGCCGUAAACCAAGCCGAUAAAAUCCAAAUUAUCCAAUUACAAUAUCAAAAAUUAAUUAUCACCCUUAAAGCAGCCUAAAUCCUUCUAAAGUAAAAUCAUCGAGCCUGCGAUCGCUGAUCGACCUUUUGUCAAGGUUUUGCCGCCGGUAACCGGAUCGCUGAACACCAAACCACUUCGCUGGCUACAUACUUGGUCUUCUUUUUGUCCCUCGGUCAGUUGACCAACGCACCUGACCAGUACUUGAUCAUCUAGGCCUUGUAUUACAGGCGAACUUUGUUGGUGAGUCAUUCCAAUUUGAUGAAUACUCAAAGUGUUUCCUGAUGUGGCACCUGCCACCAGUAGCCCGGUGUGAGCUUGUUAAACUUUAAGAGACGUUUAUGCCAUUCCGCAUGUCCUUAUAUCCCUUUCUUCGGCUCCGUUCGCUGGCCGCCAAGUCAGCCCCACAACUUGAAUGCCUCGUAAUCGGGACACGGGGAAUGAGUUCAUCCCACUUAAACAGACCUUCCCCUCCUCCCCUUCCACGUGAACUUCAACGAGAGUUCGAAGAACUACAGCGUAGUGCCCAAAUGCCCCUCUCAUCUCCAACCCUCUCCCACGCUGAAACAGAGGCACAAAUGUCGUUACACCCUGACGCUCGUAAACCCUUAACACCUGAGUUUGAUGGUGAUGUCAAUCCCAGAACUGGCGAACAAGGAGGUCCGAAAAGGGAGCCCGUCAGGAAGUGGAGUGAUGACGGCGGUGACUGGAGUUUCAAAGGGCGUGUCUCUGACUUCUAGUGAGAUCACUUACGACUAGAUUUUUUUAAUCUUAUUUUAAAACUAAAAUCAUGAUGCAUCUUGGGUUACUCCGAUUUUACUACCUCGAAGCGCUGGCAGUCUUCUUGCUAUCCA